AUGGCAGAAGCAAGCUUACACAACGUACCCAUCGUCAUCGACAACGGCAGCGGGACAAUUCGCGCCGGAUUCGCCGGCGAGGAGAUCCCAUCAUGCUACUUCCCAUCCUUCGUCGGACGACCGAAGCACCCACGGGUGAUGGCCGGAGGGUUAGAAGGGGAUGUAUUCGUAGGACGAAAAGCACAAGAAUUGCGCGGCUUGUUGAAGAUACGAUACCCCCUCGAACACGGCAUCGUCACGGACUGGGACGAUAUGGAGAAAAUAUGGCACCAUGUGUACGAAAGCGAACUGAAAACACUGCCCGAAGAACACCCCGUACUGCUGACGGAGCCACCGCUAAAUCCGCGCAAGAAUAGGGAUAUUGCGGCGCAGAUCAUGUUCGAGACGUUUAAUAUUCCGGCCCUGUAUACGUCUAUCCAGGCGGUGCUGUCGCUGUAUGCAUCGGGCCGGACGACGGGUGUGGUGCUGGAUUCGGGGGAUGGCGUGUCGCAUGCGGUGCCGGUGUAUGAGGGGUUUGCGGUGCCGAAUAGUAUUAGGCGAAUUGACGUCGCUGGGCGUGAUGUCACGGAGCAGAUGCAGUUGUUGUUAAGGAAGAAUGGCCAUGUGCUGCAUACCAGUGCCGAGAAGGAGGUUGUGCGGAUGAUCAAGGAGAAAGUGUGCUACGUCUCGCUGGAUCCGAAGAAGGAGGAGAAAGACUGGAUUAAUAGCUACCACAAGUCGGAGUCGAAAACAAUCGACUACGUUCUUCCAGACGGACACAAGAUCAAGAUCGGCCAAGAGCGCUACCGUGCCCCAGAGAUCCUAUUCGACCCGGAGAUUAUCGGCCUUGAAUACCCCGGCGUCCAUCAGAUCGUGCAAGACGCCAUCACACGGACUGACCUCGAUCUGCGAAAAGCACUAUACCUGAACAUCGUUCUUUCCGGCGGCACAACGCUAUGCAAGAACUUCCCCGAUCGACUCAUGCGUGAGUUAAAAAAACUGGCAGUGGAGGACAUGAAAAUCCGGAUUUCGGCGCCUGCUGAACGGAAAUACACUACGUGGAUUGGCGGUGGUAUACUCGCUGGCUUGAGUACAUUCCGGAAGAUGUGGGUUAGUGCAGACGAAUGGCACGAGGACCCCGAGGUUAUCCACCGUAAAUUCGCCUAG